AUGGAAGUCUCGUUAAGAGGGCACCGGGAGACAGCGGACGCAACAAACAGAGGGAAUUUCUGGCAACUUUUCGAACACACGGCCAAGUACGCUCCCGAAAUAAAAGAGCGACUCCAAGAACUCCCACGGAAUGCAACCUUCAUGAGCCACCACAUUCAAGAUGAGCUGCUCGAGGCUGCCAAGACGCUCCUCCAUCAAAACAUCAAGAGUGAGUUGCACGAACAGUCCACGUACUAUGCGAUACUCGGCGACGAGUAUAAGGAUACAUCGAAACGCACAUGCAAGUACGGGUCUCUGCAGGGCAGGGGGCGGAUAUCAACCGAGGUGGGCGUUUUUCCACCAGUGCAAGUCAACGAGAGUAGGCGGAUAUCAACCAUUGCAUCUGAUUGCCUGAACGAGACUUUUAACAGACCGGCAAUUAUCCAGCCAUACGUGCUUGACCGCUUGUCAGACCCAGACGCCGAACAAGAGGAAGAGGAGCCACCUAGAUCCCCACGAAUACCAAAACCAGUAUCUGAAUGGUGCCGAUGCGGGAACUGUGGUGCAAUGCCUACUGAACACGAGAGCUUGUGCUGUCAGGAGGUCCCAGAGGUCACAAGGCGCAUGGAGCAGGUGGAGGGCACUCAGCCUCAGUGUGUUAUCGACCAUCCUGGAUUUUAUGCCACGUCCCUCAAUGUGUAUGUGCUUCAAGCCAUGUACAACAUCUACAGAGCAGAUCAUGGACCAGUACGGCUACGGGGCAUAGAGCACCGUUACAGAUAUCUGGCGUACAGGAUGUUUGUCAGUUGGUGUUGGGGAUUCCUUGGGCGCCACAUAAGAGUCGUGGUUCCAUCAUGUGUCGUCCUGCGUGUUCGUCGGGAGUUUCCAGAUAGUCAACAGCAAUGCAUGGGCUUCAGACUGCCUCCCCUGCGUUGAAGCGGAAGAUGCAGCUGGUGAUCACCCCCUCCUUCUCAGGCCCACGUCUUCAAC